AGAUGGCAGCGUAUGCAGCUCUAGCCUCUCUGUUGAACGACAUUGAACAUAUUACGACUCAUCCUCUCAUUUCCACUUCACUCGAAAAGUAUCAAAUCGAAAUCGAGUCCCUAUUGAAAACGGCCGAUUCAUUGCUUCAUCUCAUUCAUGCCUAUCAUCAUGGAGGAGGAGUGAUUAGCAAAGAAGCAGAAGAUCUGGAGAGGCAAAUCGCAUCCGCAGUUCAUGCGGCUGAAGAUUUGAUCGAGUCGCACAUCGUCGAUCACAUUCGUGCUGGAUCCAAUCAAUUAAGUUUUACCUGCUCACUCAAUCUGCAACAGGUAAUUCAAGAGAUGGAUUCUAUCUUGAAAAGGGCUGCAGAGGUAAAGGAGAAACAUCCAAUCAGAGAAAAGCAACCUACAAAUUCAAGACCUCUUAUGGAGAGGGGAGACUCUGCUAUGUUAGGGUUUGAUGAUGAGGAGUCUCAGCUUUUUGGUGAUGUCAUCAAUCAGCAAUCCGCUGGCCGUGUCAUCUCCAUCGUUGGGAUGGGUGGUGCUGGUAAGACUACACUUGCCCAAAAUCUUUAUCAGAAUUCACACAUCAACAAACACUUUGAUUUUCUUGCUUGGGCAACUGCAUCUCAGCAACACACUGCACAAGAAAUUCUUUCACAGCUACUUUCUGGUAGGGGGGGAAAUUCCUCUAGUGGAAAUGUAGGUGAUUCAGGAGAAGAGUUGCAUAAGACUUUGUGGGGUAGAAGAUAUUUGCUUGUAUUAGAUGACAUAUGGAGUAUCCAAGCUUGGGAUGAAGUUAGGCGUUUCUUUCCCAAUGAUGAAUCUGGAAGCCGUAUUGUUAUCACUACUAGGUUAUUUAAUGUGGCUAGAGACUGUUGUUCUAGUUCUUGCGUCACGAUGAAACCUCUAGAUGAGCGUAAAACUUGGAAAUUGUUUUGUAGAAAGGCUUUCCAGCAAGAAAAUUGCCCUUAUCCUGAACUAGAGGAAGUAGGGAAGAAGAUUGCUAGAUUGUGCAGGGGACUACCCUUGUCCACUGUUGUCGUUGGAGGUUUCCUUUCCAAGUCACCUAGGUCCCUACAGUUCUGGGAGAAUGUUGCUAGGAAUAUGGAAUCAAAUCCGAAUGCAAAAGAGAAAGAAGAAAGCUUGGAUGCAUUAUCUUUGAGCUAUAAUCACUUGCCCCCUCAUCUAAAGCCAUGUUUUCUUUACAUGGGAGUUUUUAGGGAGUAUUCUGAGAUUCGCGUCUCUAAAAUUAUCAGACUCUGGAUUGCUGAGGGAUUUGUAAGACCAAACAAUUCACAGACUUUAGAAGUGGUCGCCGAGGGGUACUUAGAGGAAUUGAUUGACAGAAAUCUGAUUUCAGUUAGGAAGCAUCGUCAUAAUGGAAAAGUAGGAUCUUGUGGCAUCCAUGAUAUGCUAAGAGACCUAUGCUCGAAAGUAGCUAAGCAAGAAGAGUUUUUCCAUGAGAUAGAUGGUCUAAUACAAGGCACAGAGCGUCGCCUCAUGUGUUAUUCAAGGCGCCCAAUACUACUACAUGGAGAACACUCAGUUGUGCGCUCUAUGUUGGCAGGGGGCAGCCUAGAGCAGCCGGUUAAACAUAAAUUGCUGAGAGUUUGGGAUAGAGGUAGUCUUGAAUCAGUUGCGGAAUUAUAUGGGAACGUUAACUUGCGCUAUCUUGCCUGCCACUACACGUAUUAUUCCAUGCCGGUGCUUCCUAGUUCAAUAUCCCUUAUAUGGAAUCUGCAAACAUUAAUCAUUUCAGAUACAUUGGUUACUGCACCGACUGAAAUUUGGAAGAUGCAACAACUUAGGCAUGUCAAGUGCCAUAGGAUUUAUCUCCCUCCUCCGAGUGAUGGUUUGCUCGUGAUGGAUGAUUUACAAAGUCUUACAACAGCAGUGAAUUUGAGGCUGUCUGAGCAAGAUAAAGAGUUGAAUAAGAUGGUGAGAUUCCCCAUUUUGCUAAACAAGUUAUCCUUGAUUACAAGUAAAAUUGGGUGGGAAGAUCUGUCUAUGAUUGGUUCGUUGCCCCAACUCCAAGUUCUCCAUCUAAGAGUCAAGUUUAUCACAUGGGGAAGAAAGUGGAGUCCUAUUGAAGGCCAGUUUCCGUGCCUCAAGUUUUUAAAAAUCCAUUGUCGUGAUCUACAGUACUGGGAUGCAGACAAGUCCCAUUUCCCUGUUUUGGAGAAGCUUAUCCUUUCACAGUUGUGGUGCUUGGAAGAGAUCCCGCUAGGCAUCGGUGAAAUACCAACGCUUAAACUCAUUCAUCUGAAUCACUGCAGCAAGUCUGCUGCAGUUUCAGCAGUGAGAAUUAAGGAAGACGAGGUCGAGAAUCAUGGGAACGAUGCUCUUCGAGUUGAACUUAGAAUGCCCCAAUCAGAUGUGGAGAGUUUCAAGGAAAUGGUGGAAGCUGGGGCGCUUACAAUCACUCAUGUUCAGUUAGAGACAUUCUGACGAAAAUUGUACUUUUGUGAGAUUGUAAUGUGGGAUAUUUUUCAUUGUGCUUGAUUGCCUUUUCUAGUAUUUGAAACAUAUAUCUUCACUGGA